AGCCCUGAAUCAGCCUCCUAGAGAUGAGGGCGCUGGUAGUGGCGUCUUGGCGUCUCUGCGCCCCCCUCCUUCUCCUGGGACCCUGCCUGGGGGUCUCCCCCCUUCCCGAGGAAGAGGAGGACGCCGGGGGGGAGAAGAAGGGGGCCCCAGCCGCGCGUCGGGAAGAGCUGCCCAGCGUAGUCCUCGCCAUCCUCGCCCGCAACGCUCAGCACUCUCUGCCCCAUUUCUUGGGGGCCCUGGAGCGCCUGGAUUACCCCAAGGAGCGCAUCUCCGUCUGGUGCGCGACAGAUCACAAUGUGGAUAACACAACAGAAAUGCUGCAUGAAUGGCUCACGGCGAUGGAGACACACUAUUGGCGUGUUUCAUGGAGGGCUGUGGAUGAGCCCAGAUCUUUCCCUGACGAGGAAGGGCCCAAGCACUGGAGUAACCAGCGUUUUGAACAUGUCAUGAGGCUCAAACAGGAAGCUCUGGAUUUUGCCCGGUCUGAACAGGCCGAUUACAUUUUGUUUGUCGACACAGAUGCCAUCCUGACGAGUGACCAGACAUUGAGGUUCCUCAUUGCUCAGAACAAAUCCAUUGUUGCGCCCAUGUUGGACUCGCAGACAUACUACUCCAACUUCUGGUGUGGGAUUACUCCUCAGGGUUACUACCGCAGGACCGCCGACUACUUCCCCACCAAGAACCGGCAGCGUGUGGGAUGCUUUGCGGUCCCCAUGGUCUACGCUGCCUUCUUGAUCGACCUGCGGAAAGAGGACACCACCAGCCUGGCCUUCUAUCCUCCCCAUUCUGGCUACUCCUGGCCCUUUGACGACAUCAUUGUCUUUGCCUAUUCCUGCCAAGUUGCAGGAGCCCAGAUGUACUUGUGUAACCAGGAAAACUUUGGCUUCAUCAACGUCCCUGUGAAGGCACACCACACGCUGGUAGAUGAAGACAUCAAUUUCGUACACCUUAUCCUGGAGGCCAUGGUGGAUGGCUCUCCCAUGACUCCCUCCCGCCACGUUUACCUCUCCCCGAAGCACCCCACCAAAAUUGGGUUUGAUGAGGUUUUCCUGAUCAACUUGGCGCGGCGUCCAGACCGUCGGCAGCGCAUGCUGAGCGCACUCUUGGAAUUGGAAAUCGAUCCUGUGGUGGUAAACGCUGUGGAUGGGAGUGCCCUGAACAGCAGCGAUAUCAAGAAACUGGGAGUGAACCUCCUCCCGGGUUAUUACGAUCCCUUUUCGGGCAGGACACUCACCAAGGGGGAGGUUGGCUGCUUCCUCAGCCACCAUCGUGUGUGGAAAGAGAUAGUGGAGCGAGGGCUGGAGAAAUCCAUGGUGUUAGAAGAUGACGUGCGCUUUGAAGCCUAUUUCAAGAAGCGGCUUUUGCGGCUGAUGGACGACCUGGAGUGGGCACAGCUGGAAUGGGAUCUGAUCUACCUGGGCAGGAAACAAGUGAACCUGGAGGAUGAAGAGCCGGUGGAGGACGUGCGGAAUCUCGUGGUUCCGGAAUAUUCCUACUGGACUCUGGCCUACGUGAUCUCUCAGCAGGGGGCUCGGAAACUGAUCGAUGCCGAUCCGCUCCCCAAAAUUCUGCCCGUGGAUGAAUUUCUGCCCGUCAUGUAUGACAAACACCCCAACGAAGAGUACAAAAAGCAUUUUGCCCGCCGGGACCUGCGGGCGUACUCGGUGCGCCCUCUGCUGGUCUACCCGACUCACUACACCGGAGACGCCAAGUGGGUGAGUGACACCGAGACCUCCACCAUCUGGGACGAUGACGCCCGCAAGACAGACUGGAGCGGCUCCCAGAAGACCCUGAAGGACGCCCGGGGCGAGGGCCGCACGACCGGACACCCCUUCCGCCCGGCCUCCAGGGAUGAGCUAUAACGGCUGCCCCGUAAGGGUUACCUUCUGCACUCCAUGCAAGUGAUGAACGUAGGAGAGCUGGACGCUACCUUGGGACUCUGGGUUUGCUUGAACGGCUGGAACAAGAAGGCGCUGGGUUUGCUUGAACGGGACUCUGGGUUUGCUUGAACGGCUUGAACAAGAAGGCGCCUGUGUGCAGGAUUCGCACCCAGGACCAGCUUGUGUUUGACUCUGGAAUCUCCUUGGCUGGUUGAGCAACAACAGAUUUCUCCUUUGCAAUCUCCUGGUGACACAGCUUCUCUCGUGGGAUGGAUUGGAACUGUCUUGGAUCAGGUCCCUUUGGGUGCCUUUCCACCCCUCCAGUAGGGAACCUGAGAUUCAGACUUUGCUACAGUUUAUAUGAGUUGGUUUGUGCAGACGUUUGCUUUGGAAAGUCUGUUCUUGUGUUCUAAAUGAUUAGAACAGCCUGUUUGGAAUGGGUGCAAAGUUUUCUAUUCUGGUUGCAUUGGCAUGGAAGCUAAAGAGAGACACUGUCUUGAUCAAAAAGCUACUGGGAUUCCUCGUGAACUUCAGGGCAAUUAUCCCAGGGCAAAAAUAAGACUGUUUUUCUACGAAAUUUUAGCCUGGAAUCAGCACACCAAUUCUUCAGUCCUUUGUUCCGGGGUGUGUGUGUGUGUGUGUGUUAAACUGAACAAAGCAAGCUCAAUUCCAGAUUAAAUAUUUAAAUUUGUGAAAGUA